AUGGUCGAGACGGCAAGCAACUCUCUGCUGUCCAGCAGUACCUCGGACUCGUCCCUCUCAGUCCAGCUGCACCCACUGGUUCUGCUCACCAUCUCUGACUACAUAACGCGCCACUCUAUGCGCAGCCAACAAGGCCCAAUCGUUGGUGCAAUCAUCGGUCAGCAAAAUGGACGUACAAUCACCAUGGAGCAAGCCUUCCAAUGCAAGACCAAGGAAGACGGAGACAAAGUUCUUGUUGACGAAGAGUGGUUCGCCGAGCGUCUAGAGCAGUUCAAGGACGUCCACAAAGCUCCUCCUCUUGAUCUGGUCGCCAUCUUCACCCUCGCUCCUCCCUCAGGCCCUCUCCCUGACCAUGUGCCAAUCCUUCAACAACUGCAACACUCAUACAACGAUUCGCUCAUGCUCCUCCUCUUCCACCCUCAGACUAUCCUUGACGGCUCCUUGACUGGCGGCAAACUCCCCAUCUCAAUCUACGAAUCUUUCUACGAGCCUGGCAGUGAAAAUGCAGACAAGGGUUUGCAGGUCGAUGGAUGGGGCAUGGGUCGUCAAUUGCAGAUGCGCUUCCGUCAACUACCAUUCGAGGUCGAGACUGGAGAAGCCGAGAUGAUCGCUGUCGACUUUGUUGCAAAGGGAAGCGGUUCUGCUACUGUUCACAACUCUGCUACUCCUCCAUCGAAGGGCAAGUCUCGUGCUGACGGAAGUGCUGCCACCAAUGAUCUUCAGCUUAGUCCCGCCGAUGAAGAAGGUAAUCAUCAUCACUCUUAUCUGUGA